AUGGCCGACCCAUUUGCCCCGCGCUCUAUGAAGCGCAAGAACGUCAAGGGUCUGGCGCUCACACCCGCCGCACCCAAGGCGCCGCCGACUGCGAGCACGAACAGCCGCGACCAGGGCGCCAGCUGGGGCACUGGAGGCUCGAAACACGAGGACGGCGGCGAUGCUCAGCUGGAGAUCGGCAUCGAGUUCAACCUGGACCUGAGACAGGAGGACCUGGAGAUAAUAAAGGAGCUGGGCUCGGGCAAUGGAGGAACCGUGAGCAAGAUCAAGCAUCUCCCCACGGGAACUACCAUGGCCCGCAAGGUCAUCCACGUCGAGGCGAAAAAGGAGAUGCGGAAACGCAUCGUGCGCGAGCUCCAGAUCAUGCACAGCUGCAACUCCAACUACAUUGUAACGUUUUACGGCGCAUUCCUCAACGAGCAUAAUGAUGUUAUCAUGUGCAUGGAGUACAUGGAUGUUGGAUCCCUUGACCGAGUCUCCCGCGUCUUUGGGCCCAUCCGAGUCGAUGUGCUGGGCAAGAUUGCAGAGGCUACGCUCGGCGGUUUGACCUAUCUAUACUCGAAACACCACAUCAUGCACCGUGACAUCAAGCCCUCAAACAUCUUGGUGAACUCACGAGGAUACAUCAAACUAUGCGACUUUGGUGUGUCGGGAGAGUUGAUCAACUCGAUCGCAGACACGUUCGUCGGCACCUCGACCUACAUGGCUCCCGAACGAAUCCAGGGCGAGAAGUACACGGUCAAGUCGGACGUCUGGAGUUUCGGCCUGAGUAUUAUGGAAAUGGCCAUCGGCAAAUUCCCGUUUGCCGCCAGCGAGCAGCUCUCUGAUGGGGAUGGUGCGCCUGCUGGUAUCCUGGAUCUGCUACAACAAAUUGUCCACGAGCCUGCACCCAGGCUGCCGAAGAGCGACGCCUUUCCCGCUAUCUUGGAGGAUAUGAUUCAGAAGUGCCUUUCAAAGAUACCCGACGAGCGCCCGACGCCCCAAGAGCUCUUUGACCGCGAUCCUUUCGUGCAGGCGGCGAAGCGGACGCCUGUUGAUCUCAGAGCUUGGGCUGUUGGCCUUAUGGAGAGGGACAAUCGCAAGUCUCAUUUGGCACCCCAAUUGUCACCCGCGACGCAGGACCUGCUCAGGUCGAGUGAUUCGCCAACAAACCACGGUGAGCACGGUCCAGCCUUCACCCCCACGUCAGGCGAAAUACCCAUUGCGGGCAUGUCUGGUAUGACCAUCUCCUCUCCAAGAGAUCAGGCACACAACCGGUCACCCACCAGGAAUGGCAUUGGAAGUAUUGGACGAGCCGCGGGUUCCAGUGUCCACCCCGGACUGGGACAGAGGUCGGCCACGUCAGGGUCCGUACCUAAGAUCGGGACCCCUGACUUGUCGCAUCCAGCCAGUGCAAGUGCAAACCAGGCCACUUUCUCCAUGCCCGGUCGGGCCGCCCCUCCAGGUGGACCUCUACCUCCCCCACCACCUAGAAAGGAGACGCCUGACGAGCUGAGGAGAGAAAACCGCCGGCAGGCUACCUUUGGCCCUCCUUCUAAUGGAUACGGCCACGCGGGCUACUAG